UUCGAGUUAAUAACUCGAAAUUUUGAGUUAAUAACUCGAAAUUUCGAGUUAGCAAAGCCAAUCAAGAUGCGUGGUGAUGGUACGUCAUUUCCUUGUUACGGAAAUAAAACCCGGAAGACACCAGUUAUCAAUGCUACAGCUAAGCUACCAGUACAGAUCCGAUCAUGAAUGAGCAAAUUGCUAAGUACUUUCAGCGAGGAUUUACAAACGAUGAAAUCCUUGCGUUAUUAGCUGAAUCACAUGGCAUCAUUAUCAGCAAACGCACCCUCGAAAGGAUCUUACACAAGAACAGACUUUGGCGCAGAAAGAACAAAACUGAGGUGGAAGAGGUGGCGGCUUUUAUACAAGCGCAACUGGAAAACUCAGGUCAGUCACAUGGAUAUCGCUGGAUGCACCAGAAGUGUUGGAUGAAUGGAAUUGUGACUGACAGAGAAACAGUUCGUCUUCUGCUCCGUUUACUCGACGGUGAAGGUGUGGAUUUAAGGUCCCGUAGACGACUGCGGAGGCGAGUGUAUCAUAGCAGAGGCCCCAACUAUGUGUGGCACAUCGACGGAUACGAUAAGCUUAAGCCAUUUGGAAUUGCAAUAAGUGGAUGUAUUGACGGCUUCUCAAGGAGCGUUAUAUGGCUUGAAGCUUACAAGACAAAUAAUGACCCCAGAGUGAUUGCUGGUUACUACAUGGAUGCCGUGAUUCAACAUGGUGGAUGCCCUGAUCGAGUGAGAUUAGAUUUAGGAACAGAAAACGUCCAUGUGGCCCAGAUGCAAAGGUUUUUACAUUUUUCAGACAGUGAUUCAGAAACUGAUCAUGUCACUUUUGGAGCAAGUACAGGAAAUCAGCGUGUUGAAAGAUGGUGGCUAAUCUUACGAAGUCAGUGUGUCCAGUACUGGAUCGACCUGUUUGACAAACUAAGAGAGGAUGGACACUUCUCAGACUCGUUCUUGGACAAAUCAUUGGUCCAGUUCUGCUUUCUUCACAUUAUACAGGAGGAAUUAAACGAAGUUGCUUUGGCUUGGAACGACCACAGAAUACGCCCAGUCCACAACUCCCGCAGUCCUCAUGGUCGACCGUCUUUUAUGUAUGCCCUCCCAGACAUCUAUGGAGCGAGAGACUGUCUCCAGCAUGUCAAUAUGGAGAAAGUUGAAGCCUGCCUUGAAGAAUGUGUGUUCAAAGACUUUCCAUGUGAUGAGGAUGUCUUUCAUCUCUGUGUAGAACUGAUGGCUGAACAUGCUCUGGGCUUCACAAAUGAUGUGUUUGAUACAGUGGAUCUGUAUGUACAACUAAGGCAGCUCAUGCUUGCUCAGUUGGAGACAUUGCCUUAAAGGUUAUACCUAUUUAUGCAUUUGACAGAGCUGUUGAAAGCACAUGUCCUUUAACCUUUGUGCUUCCUUAGGAACAGUUAGUCCUCUGGCUUAGAAGAAUAAAAAUUAAAAAAAAAAAAGUAAU